AUGGAUUCGUAUCCAAGUGAAUCUACAUCGAUUGGAGGUCUGAGAAUCAAAGAAGAUAUCAUUAUUAUCGAGAAAGAGUUAAUUAAAGACGAUAUAAUCAUUAUCGAAGAGGACUCAUUCAAAGACGAUAUAAUCAUUAUUGAGGAGGAGCCCAUCGUUGAAACUAAAUUGCAACAAAAAACAUCACCAAAGAAAAGAAGAAAGAAAAUGGGUGGAGCAUAUGAAGGGAAUAAGCGUAUAAAAACCGAACCAGAAACGGUGAAACACGAUAAAUUCUGUUGGCGAUGCUGUGGCGAAGGUACGUCAUUGAAAUGCUCCAGCUGUGUUCGAUCAUUCCACUCAAAUUGUGCGUCAAAGGACGAGACAAACAACGUUGAAGCCGAAAAAUGGCUAUGUUAUGUGUGUACUAAAUUGAAAGGAGCUGAAAACGCCGACAAAAAGUCAGACUUGGAAAUGUUGCCAAUUCUCAUCGACAAAGCAUUGAAAGACAAAUCGUUCAGCACGCUGAAACGCCCAUUGAAAGGUGCCACUGAAGAAUCGAUCGUCAAUCCGAUCGAUCUCACCAAAAUCAAGGAGAACAUCGGCACGUACAACAGUUUCGAA